CCCGUCUGCCCGUCCGGGCGGGGCUCGGAUUUAAAUGUCGCGGCGGGCCCGGCGGCCGGAGCGGCAGGACGCGCCUCUGUGUCGUGUCCCGGCUUUCGCAGGCGGCGGCGGCGGCGGGUUCGGCGGGCCCCGAGGCGGGCGGGCGGCGGCGCCAUGUCCCCGGGCCGCGGCGUGAAGAGCGAGUACAUGAAGCGCUACCGGGACCCGCGCUGGGCCGAGUACGCGCCCUGCUACCGGGAGCUGCUGCACUACCGCCGCGGCCGCCGGCUGCUGGAGCAGGCGCACGCGCCCUGGCUCUGGGACGCCUGGCGCCCCGCGGGCUCCUCGGACGACUCGGGGUCCUCGGCGUCGUCGGGCGCCGGGAGCCCCGCGCCCCGGUGCGCCUCGGCCUCGCCGCCGCCGCCCGCGGAGGGGCCGGCCCAGCGGGCGCGCGGGUCCCAGGAGGAGCCGGCCGCGAAGGCCGCGGAAGCCGGGGACGCGGAGGCCGGGGACGCGGAGGCCGGGGACGCGGAGGACACGUCUGUGCCAGAAAAAGCGUCGCCAGGAAAAGGCGUGAAGGAGAAGCCUGAAGAGGAGAUCGGAGCGGCAGGGACGGGCACGGGCCGCCUGCCCGGCGGCACCAAACCGCGCCAGCACCCCAGCGCCUUGUUCGCCAGAGGAAGCAGGAAAGCGCUCCGAAGUCCUCAGAGAUCGUCAAGUAAAACGAGAGAAAACAAGCAUCCCUUUGCCCUGUACGGGUGGGGGGAGCGCCGGACGGACACAGGGAGCCAAAGAACACACAACGUCUGUGCUUCCGCGCCCGUGCACGAGAUUCACGAGUCGGCGCUACGGGCCAAGAACAGAAGGCAGGUGGAAAAGAGGCGGCUGGUGGCUCAGAGGCAGCGGGCGCACUCGGUGGACGUGGAGAAGAGCAGGAGGGCCAAGCCGGCCGCCUCGGAGAGCCCGUGGGUCACGGAGUACAUGCGAUGCUACUCGGCCCGCGCGUGAGCGGGGAGGCCGCCGUCACCGCCUCCCUGAGAAGCACCAAUAAAAGAGAACAAACUAUCCAAACCGCCAACAUCAGAAGGACCAGGAUGUGGGUGUGAGAAACCAGCCCCUGGUGCCAGGUUCCUUAGGGGGUUCCCUAAAGAUGCUGCCCUCUGGGGGCGCCCCGGGCCCCGGCCUGGGCAGCAGGCGACCGCGAAGCCAUCGACGUUUGCUUCUUGACGAAGAUAACGCCUUCCGUCUUUGCUCUCCCUGUGCGGGCUUCGUCUCAAAGCAUCUUAACCUUUUCAGACAUCGACACCCAAUGCCUUUAAAAUGGCUAGAGAUGCUUCAGACUCGGUAUUUUUUCCCGGGAGUUCGUCCCGGCCUGAACAGCUUUUCCGGAUUCCACGGUAGAUCCUCCCGUCGUCAGCAUCAGACUCACGGUCCAGGCGCGCCGCUGCGUGAGCCAGUGUCACGUCCCCGGGAGUCUCGGCAGGAACGUGGAUCCGCGUGUCACGCAGCGGGAACCUGCGUCGUGUUUCGGUUCAGCACCUCAGGCGGCUGUGAUCGCGAUGAGUUUCCUGGGCUCGGGGAGCGUCCUCUGUCCUCAAGCCACCGCGUGGGCACCUGUCAUUUCGCAGGUCAGAUGCGUGCCAGGGUGCGGAGCGGACGCUGGCGUGUCCUGGGAGUCAGACCGUCGUGUCGAUUUGCUUUUUUAUUGUGAGAUUUUCCUAGAGGCGGACCCCUCUCUCCCGUGACCGUGGGCGUGGCAUUCAGGAUGGCCUGGAAUCCCAGGGAGUAAACGGAGCCGGUCUUGCUUGCUAGUGGGGGGUGAGGGGCCGUCAGGUGCCCUUUGGGAUGCCCGCCACCCCGAACUCCUAGACUUUUCCCUCCACGGACCUCACCGAUGGCGAAGCGUGACCAUGGCACAUUCAGGCUCCGGUUGGAAUCCAUUCCUAGCCAGCAGGCCUCAUGCAGAACGGUGUGUGGGUGCCCGUGGGAGGCUGUGCGGGAAUGAAGGGCUCCGUCUCUCAGUCCACUUGCUUUUGGGGAAGAAAGAGUGGUUUUAGGAAACCCUGGUUCCCACCCGGCGGAGGGUCUACGGGAAGGAUGGGUGCUGAAUCCCGUGGGCGAGGGGAGACGGGUGCCUGGCCAGCCGGGCGCCGGGAGGGUGUGGAGGCGAAGCUGGUGUUGGGUGCGAGGUGGAGCGUUUCCCUGGUACUUCUCUCCUCUGGGCCUUUAUAGGAUGAUGCUCGCUCGUUAGAACACACGUGUGUCUUAUUCCACAAAAAACUUCACAUGAUGUCGACUGACAACGGUGUUAAGCUUUGGAAACUCCUACGGAAGGGCCAGGAGCUUUUAUUUAUUUUUUUAAAAAGACUUUGAAGCUGGUGUGGGGCGUUUUGAGGGGAGUCACCGGGCGGAGCGCGCUCCUGCUCGGUGAGGGGUGAAUUGAACAGGAGGAGGCUCGCUGGGGUCCGGCGCGGCCCUGCGAGGGGUGCUGGUCGCUCUUGCUGUGGCCGCUAAAGCCCUGAGACCCUGCAAGGACUGGGAAGGGAAUCAGUGUGGUCGGUGCAGUGUCGCUGAUGGUCAAGCCACCCCCUGCUGUCCGGGUUCGGGGUUAGCCAUUCCGCCCAAGUGCUUACGUUGCAACUGACAAUCUUAGGGAAGAGAUCCCUCCCACCCCCCCCCAACUCCCCACCCGCACCCCGACAGACUGCCUUAGAAACCCAGCUUCCCGUCCGGCCAGUGUGGCUCAGUGGGUGAGCAUCGACCUAUGAACCAGAAGGUCACAGUUUGAUUCCCAGUUGCAGGCUCCAUCCCCUGUGUGGGGCGUGCAGGAGGCAGCCGAUCCAUGGUUCUCUCUCAUCAUGGAUGUCUGUCUCUCUCUCUCCCUCUCCCUUCCUCUCUGAAAUUAAUAAAAACUUUUAUUUUUUUUAAGAGACCCAGCUUCUUCCAGGCUUUCAAUAAGCCACACCCCUUCCUUUAGGAAACACUCGUAUUUAAUGUGCUUACUCCUGACAGCCCAGGGGUCGAUCUGGGAAAACCCAGAGGGCGAUACUGGCCAUUUCCCGCCUUCUCCUCACCCCAGGAUAUUUUCCCACUGAUUUUUAGGGAGAGUGGAAGGGACAGGGAAGGACAGAGAGAAACAUCGAUGUGAGAGAGACAUCAAUUGGUUGCUUCCUGCACAUGCCCUGACCAGGGCCCUGGCCGGAGAGGAGCCUGCAACCGAGGUACAUGCCCUUGACCGGAAUUAAACCCCCGUACCCUUCAGUCCACAGGCCGACGCUCUAUCCACUGAGACAAACCAGCUAGGGCUCCCCCCCCCCCUUUUUUAAAUAAAGGACAAAUGACCAAGAUUUUUAAAGUAAUUUUAAUGUGCAUGAACAAUGAGUAGAUUCACACAAAUGAAUUGUGAGACCCCCUCCUGUGUCCAAGUCAUUAAGGUUUCAAAUUAACUUUUGAGCCUAUGAAAUGUUUUAAGUUGUAACGAUUUGAUGGUCUAGAAACGAAUAUGUAAUCACGUUCUUUAAGUCUUGGGCGGACUUGCAAAACAAGCAGGUAGUGAAAAAUCCCCUUUCAUGGUGCAAAGUUUGAAACUGCUCGAGAAUCCAGGGAUAUUUAAACGAUGGAAUAAAAUCAUUGCUACAUAGACUUUCAAAAUGUUGGCUUUAAGCUCGGAAUUAAAACAAUUUGCCAAGUUUCUGUGUUACUGUUAUUAAGAGAAGUCAAAGGCUUCACAAGACCUAGGUGAAUGAGAAGUAAAAUGGAAUUCAUUCUUUUUAUUUGUUUUAAAAAACCUGAAAGACGACUCAGUACCUCUGGGUAUGUGGGUGCCACCCUCCCCGUAAAAUUCCUAAGCACAUAGAAACAUUUUUAAAAGUUUAUAAAGGAAUUCUCUUAAUGGCUCAUCUUAUAGUGGGCGCUUAUUUAUGCCACUUUAUAUGUAACUAGAAGCCCAGCGCGCGAAAUCACGCAGCCCCGCCCACCCGGCCAGUCUUUGGUCGUUACAGCGUUAUGGUGUUUCGGCCUCAGGCCUUUUAUUAAUAUUAGAUAGCUUUGUUACUUUUAUGCUGGGGAAACUCAGGUAACUCAGUCCCCUGGGAGAAUGGUGGCUGUUUGGGUUAUUGGAAACCAUAACAUCCAAAACAGAAUACUGGCCCGGCCAGUGUGGCUCAAUGGUUGAGCGUUGACCUGUGAACCAGGAGGUCACUGUUCCAUUCCCGGUUGCAGGCUCGAUCCCCAGUAGGGGGUGUGCAGGAGGCAGCCGAUCCAUGAUUCUCUCUCAUCAUGGAUGUUUCUCUCUCUCUCCCUCUCCCUUCCUCUCUGAAAUCAAUAAAAAUAAUAUAUUAAAACAAAACCACAAAACCAGAAUACUGCACAAUUUGUAGGUUUAAAAAAAAAACCAAACAACCUCUAGGGUAUUUCUCUCCUUUAAAUUGAUAAUGCUCUCCUGGGCAGAGAUUUUAUAUGUGGAGGGUUACAGUGCCUGAUCCUUAAAACAUUCCGAAGUAUUACUGGUGAAGAGGGAGCGAGGUGAAGGCUUUGUUAGAAAUAAAGACUUUUCUUGUUGACGGCUUUGGUCAAAAAAUGGUUGAGUGGAUCAUUUUACACGUCACUGGACUCGAUUUAAAAUGGUGCUACGGUUGCUAAAGCCUGGUUCUGCGUUGGUUGGGGACCAAACCGCUAACGCCUGACGCAGAAGGCCCCUGGGAUUGUGUUGCGAUCGUUCGAUAUUUUAAAAGUGGUCCCGGGAAGUGUGAGCCGGCCACUUCAGGAAGUUAGCAUGAGAAGUGGGUGUUUGUGCAAUCGGAGGAAGUGGGGGUUCUUGGGGGUCAGGGUGUGUGUGCUUCAUAGCGAAUUCUGUGCCAGGAGCUGCGUGGAGGUUUCCGGCCCAAUCUGUCCCCGCCAGCCCGCUAGUAUGAGGUGGGAACACCCGGAUGAAGGUGUUCGUUCAGGCAGGACACCUGAAGGAAGACAGUAGAAGCUUCUUUUUGGAGUAAAAGAAUAAUAAUAAUUAGCAAAACUCCCCGUGUGGUAAGUUCAGUGUGAGCACUGCGUUCAGUACCAUUCCGCGGGAACAGCGCCCGGGCGCUUCCGGUCUCACCGCUCAGGCCCUGGGCGUGGGGGCUGCCUUUUCUAAGAUCCAUGUAUUGCUUUUUGCUUCUAUUUAAUAUCGCAGUGACUUGGAAAAAAAUGUGAAUAAAGUGAGUGACUGUGACCCGCUGGGAAUUCUGCUUUGUGGGGACGGGUUCUGGUGAGCACGUCCGCGGCUGAACACGUGCGGUCACAUCGACUCCUCGAUGGGUGUGUCAUCAGAGAAAGGUUUAGCAAGAUGCGUUCGAUACUUUCUACGGGUGUUGAGUCGAACAAUCCGUGGCUCAGUGGUUGAGCGUUGAUCUAUGAACCAGGAGGUCACGGUUCGAUUCCCGGACAUGUUGCGGGCUCGAUCCCUCCUGUGGGGCGUGCAGGAGGCAGCCAAUCCAUGAUUCUCUCUCAUCAUGGAUAUUUCUAUCUCUCUCCCUCUCCCU